AAAUAUAAAUUCCUGAGCUUGUAUUGUUUUUCCUUGCCAGAAACAUAUCAGAUGGAAACCUAUAAACUCAUUUCUGCACUACUUCUCACCUUCACAAUUGCCUUCUCCACUUCAGCAAGAAUGCUUGAUGAGCAACCCUCAAACCCAUCCAAUCCUGUUUCAACACCUGUUUCUAAUGUACCACCAUUGACCACCCCACCAGGCUCAAACCCUAACCCUACUGUGGUUGGUGGUGCAACCAGUGGUCCCAAUCCUGUAAACCCUAACCCUGACCACCACACGCUGACCUUCUUCAUGCAUGACAUCCUAGGUGGGUCAAACCCCACUGCACUAGCAAUCACCGGCAUUGUCAACAACCCUGCAGUCAAUGGUCAGCUCCCAUUUGCCAAACCAAAUGGUGCCAACCUCCCACUCAACAAUGGCAUUAACCAAAACACUGGGAACACCGGCAUUCUAAACAACAAUAACCUCCCAUUGCUCACUGGUCUCGGUGGAAACACUCAAGCUUUAAACAAUGGCAAGAACUUAAACAAUGGGCCUUCCAACUUCCCCGUCCUAACUGGGGGCCAACUUCCUUCAGGGUCGGCACUGCAAAAGCUCAUGUUCGGAACCAUGACGGUCAUCGACGACGAACUGACUGUCGGACAUGAGCUAGGUUCUGGGUUCCUAGGCAAGGCACAAGGGUUCUAUGUGGCUAGCUCAAUCGAUGGGAACAGUCAAACCAUGGCAUUUACGGCCAUGUUCGAGAGUGGACACUACGCUGACACCCUUAGCUUCUUUGGGGUUCAUCGGAUCGGUGUAUCGGAGUCUCAUUUGGCCAUCAUGGGUGGUACUGGGAAAUAUGUUAAUGCAAAAGGUUUCGCCAUUGUUAAGACUAUACCAGCAAGCAAUCAACAGCAGGAGACUGAUGGCUUUGAGACAGUGCUAGAGUUUACUGUUUAUAUUACCUAUUAGAUCUGAUUUGAGAGUCAAAAUUCAAAGAUUUCUGAUUUUUUUUUAUAAAAAUAGUGAAAUUUUAUGUGAUUUAUUUGGAAAAUUAUACUGUGUUAUGAAUCUGACAAAAAAUGAAAAAUUUAGA